AUGAUAAUGAAGACUUUAUUAGUUAUAAUCACUGUUGUUGUUGUUAUUGCCAACAUUAGCGCUCAAAGAUGUCGUACGGGUCGAUACUCUGCAUGUCAGGCGCACUGUCAGCCAUCGUGUGAAAAUCCCAACCCUGUCUGUACCCGACAAUGUAUACCCGGCUGUAUCUGUGCCCGGGAUCUAAUCAGACGAAACAGUCGCAGUCGUGAAUGUGUUUCGCCUUCACAAUGCUUUAGGAGAGGAUAAUGAGUCUAAAUAUUGACAUUUAAUUAUUGUUUGUAUAUUUAUUAAAUAUAUUAAUCAUAUGAGUAGUAAUGUUAUUAAAUAAAGUUUUUAUAAUCGAUAAU